CGGCGAACUGCAGCAGUAUUCCUGUGCAGCGCGCCAAAACACGCUGAGAAGGGUAGCAACCCGCCCCACACCUGCUGGGUGUAACGUACGCCGACUGGCUCCAGCCCCAUCAUCACGUCGUGCUCGUUCGGUCUCUCUCGGGGUCUCCAUUCUGAUCUCGUCAACAACCUCUCUGCAGCGUCACAGAGGACAAAGCGACGGCCUUCACCAACUUUGGGUCUGAUCGCUGGCGGCUAGAGGUAGUUGGAAAUUCCCCCGCAUGCUCCCCACGGGGCCCCUUCCACCUGCUGCUUGCUAUGUAGGCGCCGAUGCCGUGCAUACAUGAGCACGAUCACAGCGACUGCAGGAGUACCGAAUGCCUGUACAAGGGAACGAUGGAGGCCCACGUACAUCGACGGACGAUUAUCCUGCAAGGGCGAAGAGAGACAGCUUCGACAUCGUCUUAGGGUGUUCGCAAAGGUGCAUGCCCUUGCCGGGGAGCCAUGUUUUGACGAGAUCGACCUCAAAGCCAACCCGGAGACAUUACUUGGAGUGGGUGCCCCGACAAUCCGCCGUUCGUCAUUCGCGUCAACCCGAAGAGUCUCUUCAACUUGGAACAACAGGUUCGACAACAACACGACUCGGUCUCGCCCUCACAGGUGUGGAAAACGCUUGUCUUCCGCGUCCUCUCAAAGUCUCUCCACGCUUGGAGGAUAGUUGCAGCAGCAACAUGCCUCGGUCUUGUGUCUUGAAAGUUUCACAAGAUGCUGAACGUCCACUCAACGCCGACGGUGCUCCUCUAUUGUGCGGGCCAGCUGGUGGACGAGUUCACCUGCGCCGGCGAUUCGGGGCCUAGGGUGAUGCUGAAGCACCUCGAGGAGCAGGUGGGUUCCAUCCCAGGCUUGUGGCAUAGAAAACGGUCUACGCCGGGGACGACGUCGUGCGUCCCCGCUACGGAGGACGAUGCCUGAUUUCAGUUGGAAACCCAGCCAGCGAGGAACGAGCGUCUCCGCUACGGAGGACAACGCUUGAUUACAAUUAGAAACCUGGGGGGCGGGAUUGGACCGUUUACAAGGAUAAGAGGAUCAAGACGGCGAGUGCCCCUUCCGCUGAUGAUACGGAGGGUGCGAUUUCGGACAGGGAAAUCAGUACAGUCGAUAGGAAGAAGCCGUUGAAUCUUCCGCCAGGGGAGAGGGGACGAUAUCGAGCACUCCCCCUUCGGAAUGCGACGCUUGAUUACGAGUGGAACCCGAACGCCGCACAGACUUUUGCGGAUCGAGCGAUGGCCUGCUGUUCCUGAGACGGGGCACUGAUUUCCUUAAUGGAAUCCCGGGACGUUCCGUUUGUCGGAAAUGUAGAGAGAAUGGUGGGAAUUGACAGGGAAAGAGGAAGAAUACAGUGUACCGUGAUCGUGUGCGGCGGAAUAAUGCCGCAGGCACCGUCGAGACCAUAAACAGUUGUCUUACGGAGUGGUUCGGGCUUACCCAGUAGCGGAAAGCGACAACCUAAAUAUUAAUGCGGUGCGGUCUUCGAAGCGAAGAACUGAACGCGAUAUUUAGGAAAAACCGUGUAUCCGACCAACGGAGGGUAACGUUCUUACAAUGAAGCGACUCAACGAAAUCGUUCCGUGCUUCGCGUGGUGACGGAAAAAUAAAAACAACGUAGAUGUAUGUUUUUGGGAUCGGCAUUUGUUAUUUUCGCGAGCUGGAAAUUACAAAUUACGCUGAAACGGCCGAUGACGGUAACGAAUAUACGUGUGUAUGGUAUCUUAGCCGGUCGCCCCGGUGGUCAAGCUGGUAUCUAUCCUCGAAACCCUCUAGAGGUCAGAUCAGGGGGUUCGAAUCCCGGCGUAAGCGAGCUCUUCUUCCAAAGCGAGUUUUUCUCUCGCUUCCGCUCCUGGCCUAGUGGAAAGCGCUAGUUCUUGCGUACACAGAGGGAAGAGGGUGCCGAACUCUUCUCUAAUUCAAAAUCGAAGGCAACGUACCGCAAGAGGGGAGGGUGGAGAAGGGCUCUUCUGUGUGACCACGGGUUGGAGUAAACGGCACUAGUGCUGUGAGCGCUGAUUUGAAGUGAAGACAAGAAAUACAUGGUAGACUUCAUAUGGGGCAGGCGGGGUGCGGAAGCAGCCCGAUAAGUCUGCGUAAUGCCCUGUACGAGAGUACCUCCACUUUUUUUUGGUGUCGGCACACUCUUGGUUGUGAAGUCUUUCUGAGCUCUGAAAAUGGUGCCAUCUCUCGGCCUCUUACGGUUGCGUACGUAAGAUAUCGUUCACCCUGGACCGGUUUUUCCCUUGGACCGGUUUUCAAAGCCGGAUAACCCACCACAAAGAGGACGUUAAGAUCAAACGAUGCGUGUUCGAAAAGUGUUCGGAGAGAUAGAUUGUUCCAACACCGCCAUUUUCGGCGCCACCACUCUCCUCUGCUGUGGAGUAAUCGGGCUUUGAAAACCGGUCCAGGGGGGGUGAUGUCAUAUGUCGCCUGCGGACAAUUUCUCUCACCAGACAACACCCCGAUGUAGAUGCUCUGUUUAUACAGUCCUCUCGUGUAUCGGAUAUCGAAAAAAAUAGGGAAAAAAAGUAACGUCCAAACACAAUGGUAUGAAUACUACCUCAAGAGCAAAUGCUUACCAUAUGUUAGCGGGCAUUGUACUCGCCAUACCCGCUCACCAACGAGCACCCUACGCCACACCAACACCUUCCCGAGCAUUCUAGGUCAGGUGGACCGGUACGGAUGCUUCACGGUGCUGAGCGAAAAAAAACGAACAGUUCCUAAUGUGAACACAUCGACAGUAAUAACAACAACCGGAGUGGAUGCUAGAAGGUACUGACAAAAGAGACCGGUUUCGAAUGUACAACAACAACGACAACAACAAGGACAUCGGCAACAAGACCACCCGCAUAAUUGCAUUCAACGAUGAUUCCACGUCUUAACACCGACCGGGACGAUACCGAAAGCAGAGACUGGAGCGGUGUACUAUCAAUACACUCGUGGCUCCGAUAUGAGAGGGUGGUAUGACAAAGGCCCUCGACCCUCAUGUAUCGAUCCCCCUCUUCAUCAGGAAUGAGAGGCUACCCAACUAUGCUAUGGUGGGCUGAGUCCGUACCAACCGAUUUCGACCCUCAUAUAUCGGAGCCCCCUCUCAUAAGGUGCCCGCAUUUUUCUGUGCCACGACUGUACAACAGCAACAAACCGAGGGCAUUGUUGCAAAAGGGGUGUUGUAUUACUAUUUUCCGCCGCGUGCCGCUUUCGCCUCCGCGGCGGCCUUGGCCUUCGCUUGCGCCGCCUCCCUGGCCGCCUUGAGGGUGAGGGUGGGCCUCCGCUGGGGACCCCC